GUGUGUGUGUGUGUGUGUGUGUGUAUGUGUGUGUGUGUGCGUGUGUGUUUGUGCGUCUUCAUUGUGUGCUGUAGUUCUGUCGAUCAGCAUUUUGCUGGCUGACGCUGAUAUGCGUUGAUACGAUGUGUCGCGAUAUUGGUGAAACGGUGCUCGAUGUGUUGUUGUUAAUACCCUUCCACAAGUGUACGUUUAUUCGACUGUGAUAUCACUAGGAUCAAUAGCAUUAGCUGUGCCAACAGCGCCACCGCUACAGUUGCCGCCACCGCCGUCUUUGGAUACUAAUAAAGCUCACAAUAAAAAUAAUAUCGAAAUAAAAACAACACAGAGAGAACGAGAAACGUCCAGGAAGCAAACGAAGACGACUGUUCGUUCAUCUGCUGUCGCUAUCCACCUGCAUAUCGACGUAUUCAAGUACAAUACAAUAGUCCAAUGGUUGUCAUGAUGCUCGACAUGCAGAGGGUGUGGGAGGAGAUGAUCCUCGAUAAGAAGAUGAAGGGCAGCAGCGCGCCCCAGCAAACGAAAGCCCGGGGUCCCGCCACCACGACGGCCCCAGCCGCUAUCAAAGAUAACGGCAAGGAGGCGCCAUCUGGCGACAAGAGCAAAUGCGGAAAUCAUCAGAGCGAUUCCGUCGGCCAAGGUAAGGAUGGUAACACCACGAACAAGGGAACCGAGCCAGGUUCAUCCGACGAGGCGGUCGACAAUAAUAAUAUCACCGGCGGCCUCGGAACAACGCCAUCCGAACAACGGCAGCAACAGCAAGUUGCACAGCCGACGCCGGCCAUUAAACGUCGUCGGGAUCAGGCCGCCACUCAGGCCGAACGCAAGGAAACGUUCAAGGAGAAACGGAGAAGUGCCGUAGAGAUGCGCAGACAGAGUGGACCCGCCGCCUCUUCCGAACGCCGUGAGAGACUCCCGCGUCGGGCGCACUCGGAGCCUCGGGAAGAUGCCACGAGCGCGUCGAAGGACAAGGAGUCCUCGCAGCCGUCAGCAACAGGCCACACGGGACCGCAUACAGCGACUGGCAAAAAUACCAAAUCAAGAGGAGAUCACCAUCAUCAUUUACCUGAUGUUUCUGAAGGCGACGAACAACAUGAGGGGGCCACUGUACCGACUGGCACCCCCGUCAGCAAUGUGCCAAUGUACCCCGUCAAAAAGGCUAAAUUAACUGACGUCAAUAAACAUCUCAAAUGUCCCUUAUGCCACGGGUACUUUGUUGAUGCUACGACAAUUGUGGAAUGCCUCCACUCGUUUUGUCGUACGUGCAUCAUCAAACACCUAAGCAAAAAUCAGUUUCCUAAUUGUCCGGAAUGCAAGUUCCAAUUAGCUGGGACAAAAUUGCAUCAGUACCUGCGGAGUGAUUCGACACUUCAGGACAUAGUCUACAAGCUGGUGCCCGGCCUAUUCCGCAACGAGAUGGAAAGACGGAGACAAUUCUAUGCCAAUAUACCCCUUUCGCCCAAGAGUCCGAACUACACGAACCUAUCGAGCGAAGAGCGCGGCGAUCUGGUCAACGUUGAAAGGCUGAUUUUUGACAGUUCGGACAACUUUGCCAUAUCGUUGGAAUAUUGUCCGAAGGAUCUCGCCGUACGGCAGGUCUGGCUGCGUCCGUUAAGGCAGACACCCGAGAUGAGCUAUGGUAAACGCUACCUUGAGGUGCCUGGAAAUUUCAAGGUGAGGUUGCUUAAGAAGUUUCUUCGUGCUAAGUUUGGACUCGCGCCCAAAGAGACGAUCGACAUAUUAUAUAUGCAGGAUAUACUUCUCGAUGACUAUACAAUGGUUGAUGUGGCCUAUAUCUACGCGUGGCGGGUCAACGAAGCGCUCAAACUAUACUACAAGUUCGGCAAUCUCGAGCAGAAACUGCCACCGGAGGAAUUAAACGAUGUACUCAACAGUAAAACGGACCGAAUCGUUAUUCGGGGUGAAGACGAACCAGAGUCGAUGGAUGUCGAUCUUAGCGAUAGUAAAGUAUCGGACCGACUUAAAAAUGGAGGCAAAGAACAACCUUUGAAGGUGCAAAAACAGCAAAACAAGCAUCAGCAGCAGAUCAAAUCGGAAGAGGACGAAGAUCGAAAGGCAUUAUCUUCAGUCUGUUCAAGCGCCACUCCCGAAAGUAAACCCACAACAAAGACCAAAGUGAAGAGUGAACAUAAAGACAAGGAACACAAGACAACAAAAGCAGAAGAGAAACUAGGCGAUAAUCAUAAAGAAACGGGCACCACGAGCAGCAACGUCAAUGUCAAGCUUGUUGAUGUCAAAGCUGAACGAAAAGAAGGCAAACGACACUUAUCCGCGGCAUACAACAGCAACGUCGCUUUAAAUAAUAAUAAUAACAACAACAACAACAACAACAACAACAAUAGCAACAGCAGCAGCAGCAGCAGCAGCAGCAGCAACAACAACAACAACAACAACAACAACCCUAAAUGCAGCAUCAGUGGCAGUAGUAAUGCUAUGAGCACCGCACCAAGCAUUAUGGAUACGCCACCCGCCAAGCGGCCCUGCUUAGGCAAAGAAAGAAAGGAGAAGCUCAGCAAGAAACAACAACAACAACAACAACAAAAGCAGCAACAACAACAACAACAACAAGAGCAGGCUGCGCAAAUGGCGGUGGAGGCGAUCGAGUCUUCGCUUCAGCUGAAUGCACAUACUGCGCAACUGCAUACACUGGCUCACGUGGCCGCACAGGCUCAACCGGUCGCCGUGCCCGCGGCGCCAACGUCAGUGACGUCAUCGUCGUCGGCGUCAACGGCGACUUAUAGCACGUCUGUGUCGGAUAAUAACAACAAACUUUCCCACCCUCACGCCGCAAUUAACACAACGACCACAACUGUUCCAACCUCUUCUUCUCUUUAUCCUUCUGCUAAUUCCUCACCUUUCAUUGCCCCUAACCCCCCUGGCGCAGCAUCGACAGUUACCCUAAGCACGAUGCCGCCACCCCCAGGUGGCCAAGCUGCCGCCGGUGUUUCUUCCGGCCAGUUUUCGCCCCAGCUCCAUUUAGCUCCUAUUACCCCCGCCGCUGGCGGUGUUGCUGCUACUGCUACUAGCGGCAGUAGCAGCAGUAGCUCGAGCAACUUAAACUCGAACCCUCAAAGUUUAGCUCCCCAUUCUUCCUCCGCCUCUCCGGCGGACGAUCAACGCGUGUCCCCAGUGACUUCAGUCGCCAUGUGCGUUAGUCAGCGGUUGCCGACUAGCGUCCAGGUUAUGCAGGUUUCGCCGCACCCGACGGUCACGGCUGUAUCCGCCGUCACCGCCGCCGGGGUAGCAGGUGGCCCGUCGCCUGUUUCUGCUUCCGCAGCUUCUGCUACUGCCGCUGUACCCGCUGCAUCUGCCGCCCUGAUGAAGAAAGCUGCCUCAACGGUGACUACCAGCUGCACUGCCACGAAGCCAAGCGUUCUCGCGCCCGUCGCCAGCGCUGGCGGGGUGAACCCGUUGGCCGGGUGCCAGAUCGUCACCGGUCAGCCGGCAGCGGGCCCGCCGCCGCAGGUGGUAACGAGCGUCGCGCCCGCGCCACUUUCGAUCGUGCUGUCGUCCAACAACGGGAUCGCUGCGGACAAGAUGACGAUGUGUAGAAUAGGUAAUCCCUCCGUUGCGUCAGCGACUCCGAGCCAGCAGCAGCAACAGCAACAAGUGCAGCAACAACAACAACAGCAACAGCAUUUCCAACAAACGUUCCUUAAUCAACAGCUGCAAUUGCAGCAGCUGCAAAAUAUGCUGCAGCAGAACGCUGUUUUGCAGCAGGCGUAUGCGCAGGGUGUCGUUGUGCAUAAUUCGAACGGGACUGUGACCAGCAUCGGGGGCCCAAGUCCUCAGACGAUGAGCUUCAUUACGCUGCCAAACGGCGUCACACUCUCGCCCGUACCGCAACCGGCCCAGCCGCAGCUGCAUCCGCAGGCUACUGCACAGCAGUCGCAUCACCAUCAUCAUCAACAACAGCAGCCGCAGCAACAACAGCAUCAUCAUCCGCAGGCACAGCAGCAAGCACAAGCCGCACUACCGAUGACCGUCCAAGUUCAACAGGCAGCACCACAGCAAUCCGGCCAAUCGCAGACGCCGGGUGCUCAGCAGACGCUUCUGUUAAACGGGUCACCGUUAAAGCUGUUCUCUCAACAGGGGCCAACAACAGCACAGCUAACCCAGAUCGGCCAAAUAGGUCCGCUGGGCGCGAUGACCGUACAGACCGCACAGCAACAACUGCAGCAACAGCUUAUCCAGCAACAGUUUAUCCAACAGCAGCAACAGCAACAUCAGCACUUGCAACUGUUUAAUACUCAUCUGCAGCAGCAGCAGCAGCAGCAACAACAACAACAACAACAACAACAACAGCACCACCACCACCACCAGGCGCAACAGCUGCAGUCGACCCUCGUGCAAGCAAUUCAGCCCCAAGCGCUACAGCCUCAACAGCAACAACAGCAACCGCAGCAACAACAACAACAACAACAGCAGCAGCAGCAACAACAACAAAGCCUCAACAAUAACAGUAUCCAUGUAAAUGUCAAUGCGAAUAAUAGCAAUGGCAAUACAAACACUGCGGGCAACAUUAACAACGGCACGCACAACAACAAUCCGGUUGCUGCAAGUAACAACAACAACAGCAGCAGCAGCAGCAGCAGCAGCAGCAACAGCGGUACUACUGCUGGCAUCGUCGUAAAGGAGAAAAAACCGACAAAACAACAGAGACUCCCGAAGAUCAAUCCCCGCAAGACACCCCCUGCGCAGAGCCAAGCCCCUAACAACCAGCAAAGCACUGCUUUGAGCGGUUCACCAUCGAGUGCGGCGCCGCCGCCGCCGCCGCUUAAUAGCAGUCAUAAUAAUAAUAAUAACAGUAGUGCUAAUAACAAUAGUAAUAGUAACAGCUCCAGUAAUAGUAACAACAACAACAGCAGCAGCAGUAACAACAACGAGAGUAGUGUCUCGAAAAAUGCAACAACAAUUCCCGUCAUGGCGAGUGCUGGCGACAGCAGCUCCGCGUCACUUAACGUCACCACACCUGGAUCAAACACAGCGUUGACAGUGGCCAGCAUCACUAGUGCUACAAGCAACAAUACACCAGUCUCCACCGUCUCGACGAUGCUCACCAUUCAGCCUGUAGUCAACAACGCUUCCGUAGCCGGGUCAGUAACUCUAUCGAAGGCACCGUCAACUCAGGUUUCUUCGAUAUCCACUGGCAAUGUCCAAGCGUCGGUUACUCAGGCUGCCCCUAAAGUCCUCAGUCCACCCGUUCAGCCGUCAGCUUCAUCGGGCGUGACUAUCACACCAAUUGAGUCGCCGAAAACGGUUUCAGCAGCUUCAGCAAGAGCUUUACCUGCCGCGACAUCUGCCAACGCGUCCGCGCCAAACAUGACUUCUAGUGCUACUAUCAGCCAGUCGAGUGGCCAUAGCACUUCGAGCAACAACAGUUCCUCACCUUAUGAUCCCAUAAAGACGUUGCUUACCCUAAUGCCUCCGGAUCACAAGGACGUCGAGGGCUCACUGAAAGCCGGCGGUAAAUCCCUGUCAACGGGCUCGUCGAGCAGUAAAUCCAUCUCGUCGAGCAUCCAGCAAGUUGUGCGAAAACUCCAAAUGAGCUCAACACCAGCUGCUGCAACGCUAACUCCCAUUACGGCAACGGCAGCAGCAGCAGCAGCGACGGCAACUAUGACAACCACAACGUCGAAUGCCCCUUCUGUCGGGAGCGCCAGUGGCGUUAGCAACGUAACUGCGAAUGGAGUUGCCACGAAUAUCGCGGCCGUCGGCACCUCCGCCGACGCCGCCGUGACCAACACUCCGGGCAACUCCGCUUUACCCGUUUCGAAUGCCCAGUCAAUGACGACUGCAACUACGGGUGCUGGCGGCGGCGGCAGCAGCAGCAGCAGCAGCAGCAACAAAAACAAUCUAAAUACUAACAACAACACUAGCAGCAGUGGCAACAACAGCAGCAGCAGCAGCAACAACAACAGCUCGAGCAACAACAGUCGUAAGCCACAUAUUCCGAUUGCUGCGAUGCCAAAUAGGCCGAUCGCACCCAGACCGCCAUCCCAGUCUGGUCCAUCGGCCCCGACUAAGAGCCACCCUACCGCACAGCAGCAGCUCACUGUCGCAUCCUUGACAGGACAACAGCAGCCGGUGGUUCAGCAGUCCGCGCACACGCCAGCUGUUGUCCAGACAGCAGCAGGAACAGCAACAACGACAACAAUUGGGUCGACUCCCACAGCUCCAUCUGCGGCGGCAGCUGGCACCGUUCUGGCGACUCAGAUCCCGGCGAAAACGCCACCCCUCACCGCUGCAAUCGCGCCUCCUGCUGCUGCUGCUGCAGCAGCAGCAGCAGCAACAGCGGCGCUCUCUGUUGUAACUGCUUCAGCUGCUGCUACAAGUACAGCUGCUACAGUUGUUGUUCCAUCGGUGACGGCAGUUACAACCGCUUCCAGCGCGAGCACCGCUGGAACCCCGAACAAUACCGCUGGCCAGACGACGACAGCAACAGUUACGCCAGCAGCGCCAGUCAAAUCAUAAUAGUGGCGUAAUAGGAAUUACAGGCCUCAGCUGCCGGUCGACAAAAACAUCAGGCCUUUUUGAGCUACACUGGCGAGGCACUCACAUGAUGCAGCUGCUAAUACGUGGAGCGACUGUAGCGCAGUGCAAUCCACCCCCACCCAGCCAAGCUCCAUUGACCAUUGUAAACGUGUGUACAGCCUCAACAAGUGAAAACAAUGCCAAUCCACAUAAGAGUGAUACAUAUAUAUUUGAAAACGAGUCUUUGAAGGGUGCGCCGAUAGCAGUGUGGGCGAAAUUGGUAAAAGCUAGAGAUCUAUGUUACAUUCUACACAUUGUAUAUAUAUAUAAUAUCUGGCUGCUUGUCCGUCUGGUUACGAGGUGUAUGGUAUCUAAUAAAGUACGAAAAGGACCAGGUGUAAGCAGGCCAAUGGGCUGAACGUGAUUCCAUGAUAAUUUCUGCAACAUUUGCAUACCUGUGUCUCGUUUGCUGAAUUAGAAGAGAGAGAACGCCUUGUCUGCCUUCGAACUGACACCUAGAGGCAUUCGAGCGUCUACCGUUAAGCAGACCGCUCAGUCAUCUCAUCCUUCAUAUAUUAUUUAUCAAUGACAUACUAUCUUGUAUAGGCAGAUGUGGUGAGUGUGUACGUCGUUAGGUGACACACCGCGUCAACGAGCUAUAGUUAAGCCAUCCAAGCGAAUCGUUUUAUGUAAACCCCCUUUUGGCUUUGGCAAGACGUUUGUAAAUAGUAAGCAAACGGACACGGACUAGUUAGCUAGGAAGCAUACAAAUGUCCGCAGUCGCGCAAACAUAUUUUCAUAUUGCGAAGGCAUUUUGACAUUAAUUUAAUAAAAUAACAGGCUAUGUAAGCCUGCGUAAAACUGGCCACAUUAAUCGCUGUUACCUACCCCCUGCCCUGUCCUGCCCUGCCCUGCCCCCCCCCCCCUCCCAAAAAAAGACUCUGUAUAUUUCGGAAAUGUGUAUUGGUCCUCGUUGACAUGUUCAACGACGGGCUAUAUUAAUUUGUUACAACCAACCGUGUCUGGAACUAGUUAUACCGAAAGUGUCGUCCAGUAACCGAUGUCACUCUUAAUAACGGCAAUGAAAUCAGCGAGCGUUCAGCGAUCGGAAAGCACGUUAUAGGUCGUUUUUUUUUCUAUCUAUCUAUUGUUUUGUUUGGACAUGUAGCCGAAAUGGAAGCCAAGACGGAUCCCUGGAUCUCUAUUGUACAUACGUAACCAAUAACGACACAUAUAACAGCAGCAGCAGCAGCAGCAGCAGCAGCAGCAGCAGCAGCAGCAGCGUAGUCGAAUUGAGCUUCCCUGUGUAUGAGUAUAGGGACCUUUUGGCGACAAAAAAUAUGAAGGUACACCAAUUGUCAGGGCAAGUGUGUAACUGAAUAGUGAAAAGAACCUGUCUGCUAUCUAUCUGUACAGAAAAAAAAAAAAAAGCGAACGAUACAGAAGGAAAAAACCGAGACGUCUGUGUACACACAUUUUCUAUAAAUGUUGAGCUAGUGGUGUAUCAUAAACGUCGG